AUCCAAGAUAGAUUGACGAGCUGACGAUAAUCUGUGCGAGAUCUCAAUUUUAUGGAAAUUUCUUGUGAACUGUCUACAGAAUCAAGUCAUUGUUAUAAUUUGCUCGUGAAGUACCGUACACCUCAGCAAAAUCAGGAUGUCUGGUGCGAUGGGUAAAGCCAUCGAUAUUGUGAAAAAGGCAACAGAUGAAGAUAAAGCAGGAAAUUAUGCAGAAGCACUCAAGCUCUAUGAGCAUGGAGUCGAGUACUUCCUUCACUCUAUCAAAUAUGAAGCAAAUGGUGAAAGAGCUAAGGAGAGCAUAAGAUCUAAAUGCGUAGAUUAUUUAGAGAGAGCAGAACAAUUAAAGGACUAUCUCAACAAGAAAGAUAAGAAAAAAGUCAAAGAGGGGUCGUCAGGCGGAUCAAAAGGGAAAAGCAAUGGCAAGGAGAGUGAUAGUGAAGAGGAGAGUGAGAAUGCAGAACUCAAAAAGAUGGAAAAACAGCUGGAAGGUGCCAUUGUGGAAAAUCCUAAUGUAAAGUGGUCUGAUGUAGCUGGCCUUGAGGUCGCCAAAGAAGCCUUGAAAGAAGCCGUCAUCAUGCCUACCAAGUUUCCUCAUCUCUUCACAGGCAACCGAACACCGUGGAGAGGAAUCCUUCUAUUUGGGCCCCCUGGUACCGGAAAGUCUUUCCUCGCUAAGGCCGUUGCUACGGAAGCCAACUCCACAUUCUUGUCCGUCUCAUCGUCAGAUCUUAUGUCAAAAUGGCUCGGUGAAAGUGAAAAAAUGGUCAAGUCAAUGUUUGCUGUAGCUCGGCAAAAGAAGCCAGCUAUCAUAUUCAUAGACGAAGUCGACUCCCUCUGCGGAUCAAGAAGUGACACUGAAAGUGAGUCAGCACGGCGAGUCAAGACAGAGUUCCUGGUACAGAUGCAAGGUGUUGGGGUAGACAAUAGCCAGAUCUUGGUCUUAGGAGCAACCAACAUCCCCUGGGCACUAGAUGCUGCUAUUAGGAGAAGAUUUGAAAAGAGAAUAUACAUACCCCUCCCGGAAGUCCAGGCAAGAAUCACAAUGUUCAAACUGCACAUGGGCGAGACGAAGACGACCGUUACGGACCAGGAGUUCCGAACGCUUGCUCAGAGGUCGGAUGGAUACUCCGGUGCAGACAUCAGUAUUGUUAUACGCGAUGCUCUUAUGAUGCCAGUUAGGAAAGUGCAGAGUGCCACGCAUUUCAGAACGAUUUCGGGGCCUUCACCGAGUGAUCCUUCUGUGAUUUCACAUGAUCUGCUGGAGCCGUGUUCUCCUGGAUCCCCUGGAGCCAAGGAGAUGUCAUGGAUGGAAAUCGAUGGAAAGAAACUCUUAGAACCACCUGUUACAUAUAAAGACCUACUCAAAGCUCUUGAGAAUACCAAGCCGUCAGUCAACGAGGCGGACUUGAAAAAACAGGAGCAGUUCACUGCAGACUUUGGCCAAGAGGGAUAGUAGAUGCUCAUGGUAUCUUCAAUUCUUCAAUGUAUCCAAGUGGAUAGUGAUGGACGAUAUAUAGCAUUUAUCAUUGAUGUUCCUCCAAUAUCGCUUGGUGAAAAUUUCUUUUCACCGUCCACAGUCACAGAAGCAGAAUGGAUGAUACAGUGUUACAUCAGUUACAGUGUCUGCUGUUAAAGAUAAGAGAUUUUACUGAGAAGACAAAUUUCAUUUUAGACAAAUUUUAACUUACUUUGAUAAAAGAGUUACAACAAUAACAAAACAUUGCUUGUUAUGACUUUCAUAUUAUGCAAUGUGCAUUUCCACUACCUUGGAUGUCUGUCGCACUAUGCAAAUGUGUGGGUAGGGGGAAGGCGGGGUAAGUUGUGACACUUUUUGCAUUUUGCAUCUUAGAAUUGAUAUGACUAAUAAUAUUGAAGUAUUAAGUACCUUGCCUUUAAGUUUGAUUCUUGGGAAAUAUUUUUCACCUAUAUAUAACUUUCUACCCCCACACUGAAAGUCUUUGUGACCUUUGAAAAAACGAUGUCAAAUGGCUCAACUUGCCCUCACUGUGGGGUAAGUUGUGCCACCUUCUGGGGUAAGUUGAGCCACAAAAACUAUGUACAAAAUGUAUGCGGGAAGAACCGGCAUGUCAAUUUUUUAUUUAAAGUCUUUUCACUUGCUAAUUCUCUAUAAAUACUAACAUCCUCUAAAAGUAAAAGAACUGUCAUGUGAAUUUGCUCCGUUCUGCCUGCAUAUCAUUGGCUUUUUAAGAUUUUUUUUUUAUCAUACAUUACCAUAAGAAUUACCAUGGCUCAACCUGCCCCAUGUUGGCUGGCACAAAUUACCCCAGUCCGAACUUAAUGCGAUAUUUUCACGUCCACACAUUUCUUAUGCAUCCAUCAUGUAAAAGACUAUGACAAGAAUGAGAAUCCAUACCUGGACUAACAUUAUUGUUCUUAUUUCUUUAUUAUAUUUUAAGAUGCGUGUGGGUAAAAAGCACUGAUCUAUUUCACACCCUUUUUUACUUUUUUGGCUGAAAUUUGUAUUUUUACCUCUAAAAAAGUACUUUUUGUUUCAAAGUUGAAAACAAUGUGGUGGGGUCAAGGGUUAUGUAAUGGGUCAUCAAUGCAUGACACCACCACAAUGUCUUACUCAUUCAUUCUUAGCCUGGGGGUGGUGGCUCAACUUGCCCCGAUGCUCAACUUACCCCGCCUUCCCCUAUAUACAUUAGAGGACUUGCCAUAGUGUCUGGUCAUUUUCUCAGCUUUUCUUCCAACUAACCUAGUUUUAGAAGAUAAGUAAGAGGAAAUAGAACUCUCAUCCGGUGAAAAGCCUGAUGGAAAUUAUUAGGUAGCAUUAUGAAAAAGGAUAAUGUGUUUGAAUUUAAUAAAGAUUUUUUUUCACGUGUUCAUUCAAUGUGUUAUAUCAUGUGAGGCUGGUUGCAUAAAGAGUUGCAUUUUCUUUCAUUUGCAUAAGUCUAAGACCACGUGAAAAUUUGUGUGUAUAGAACACGUAUAUAAUUGUAACAUACUGUUGUGAUUUCAUUGAAACAGGCCUAUGUAUUAUUUGUGUUUGAUUCCGUGCUUUAUUUGAAUGGUUAAAUAAAGGUAAAUUACUUUAAAGAAAUUGUCCAAUAGCUUGACUAAUCCUUUUUUUUUUUUAAUAUGUUGAAGUAAAAAUACUUUUGAAAACAAAAGGAUUAGUCAAGCUAUUUGAUAAUACCUUUGAACUAAUUCCUCUUUAACCAUUCAUAUCAAUCACAGAAUCAACACCAACAAAUUGUAAUAGGCCAGUUUUUCAUGGAACUGUUAUAGUUAUUAUGAUAAAAUAUUACAUGUACUUUACUAUACACAAUAACAACACUCAGGUGGUCUUAAACUUUUGCAAAUGAUGGUAAAAACAACUCAGAAAAAUCAAACGCAAGUCCUGAAUCUGCACUUCCGGGCCCUGUCUUACAAAGAGUCACAAUUGAUCCAAUCAAUCAAAACUAUGGAAAGCCAGCAACGUCAAUAUCUAAAAUACAUGUUUCUUCAAAAUAUUUUCUGCUUCAUACAUUAACCGUUUAACAAUUGAGUAUGCUUCUCUUUGUUUUCAAAGGAUAUUGUGCAAAUUUCCUAAAUAAAAAAUUAUGACACUGAUGGAUUUCCAUAGAGUUACGAUUAAUUGGAUCAAUCGUGACUCUUUGUAAGAUGGGACCCUAUUGGUUAAAAGUCAAAUCGGGUUUAACUUUUGAAGUUGUGUUUGAUUGCACUUCUCUCUGCAACAGGCCCCUUCUUAUUUGCAUAACGUGGUGGAUACAUCUUCCUACACUUUUGAACAAUGUGUUUGCAAGGCAGAUGGUGAAUUGGAAGUUGCAAGAAACAUGUUUGCUGUAGAUUACGAAAAAUCAGUUGCAAAUUUGAGAUUAAUAUAUUAAUUUCAACUAAAGUUAUAAAUUUAUAUAAGUAAUCAGUCAAAUAUUUGUGAUCAAUAGAUUUAUUUUAACCACAGUGAAUAGAUUUGUACCAUUAAUCCAUUGCACGAAUCGUGAUUGAUUUGGGUCCUUAUUUUCAACCUGUUAUUGAUUGAUUGUAAGUUUCCUCCAACAACCCCUUCUGGGAUACUGUAUCUGAAUUGAGCAUCCAAAAUAAUAGCUUCGGCUGGCUGUGACUAAAAGUGAUUUAUUUUAGCCAAUAAUCUAUGUGAGGAAUUAAAGCCUAAUUAUGUGUCCUAAAAUUUGCUUCAAGCUAAUUUUGAUUAUGAAUGAAUAGAAGUAAAACCUUGGGAUGCUAUAGGAUGGUUACAUCUGAUAUAAUAUUGAAUAAUUUGUAUGAUAUUACAUGACGUUGUAUAUCCCUACAUAUUUGUAUAUGUAUAUAAUAUAUCAUAUUGUAGAUAGCCAUUUAUGCAUCUGAUAAGAAUUGUCUUAUAUUGUUAUUUACUGUCGUUGUGAAUUGGUAUGUUAUAGUGAUUGCCUUCUGUAUGACUACAAGAGAUAUUUUUACUUACUUUGAAAUGCAUUAAUGCGAUUAUUCUUGAUGCUGUGUUUUUUUCAAGUCUUCUAUUAUCCUCCCACAUCCCUGAAGACCAUGUUAUCAAAGUUGUAAGCACUGACAACUAACUUGUCGAACAACAAAUGUUGAUGAAACGCCACAAUCUUGAGUAAGGGUUCUUUUUUUAAUUGAUUAAUUAAUUUAGUUUUGGUAAAUCAUCCUAUUCCUAUCGGAUACUAGAUUGUAUGAAAGUGUUUGCCCUGAAACAGUUGCAAUGUGGACGAUUUAAGAUGAAAUUUGAUAAAUGUUUAAAUUUUACAUGAAAAUUUAUUGUUGAUUGGUUGCUCGUUGCAUGCAUGCAAAAUUCUUGUGUCAAUUAUGAUUAAUUUAGCAUUUACAUAAUUGAGAAAGUGUCCAAUAACGAGUGCAUGCUUUUGUCAAAGGGGGCUAAAAUCCAUGUUUGGUUUUAAGGUACAGCAUUAAUGAAGCUUCUGUUUAUGAUUUAAGUAAUAGAGAGCUCAUUGAUUCAAAACCAUAAGCUUAUUAAUGUUGCUGUAGCCAUAGCAACACUCAUGAAAUUAGCACUCAUUUCUGGAUUUAUUCAUCCCAAAAAAUAUCAAAAGGAAGACUAGUACAUUGGAUGAAAAGUUGCAUUAGCUAUUCUCUCUUUCUCUGUCUGUCGUGUAGUACAUUAUUGUAAGCGUUUAUCAACUAGUUUGGACUUAUUGUAUUGUCAAUUAAAACUUUCUUUUCAUCUAGUUGACUAAUUUAUCAAUCAAAUCCGAUUGAAUCAGCAAACAUUAAAACAGUUAACUAUUUAUCAUCAUUGGACUGUUGAAACUUUAAUAUCCCAUUAUCAAAAAUUUUUGAGGGCAGCUUGGAAAAAAAAGCAAUACGUUCGAAAUAUGACAAUGGGUGCAACCUCAUAUUGUCUGAAAACAAGUUUCCUAAUUCCUAUAGAGAAGUCUUUAGGCAAUAGAAGGUCUGUACUCAUGUCACAGUCGUAAAAUAUACCCUUUUCUGAGCAGUCCUCAAAUUUUCAGAUUUUGAGAAACGAGGUUUUAACAGCAGAGGAAUGAUAUUCAGAUCCUGAUAUAACUGACCCUUGUAAUGAAUAUAACAAAGGCAUCAUAUUUUGCUUGUUCUCAUUAACUUUUCCUAAAUCGUUCAUAUUUUUGUACAAGUGCAUUAUUUAUGUUUUUAGAGAAAUAUCUUGCUCGAGAUAUAUUAGGGGAAAUGGGGGGGGGGUAGGGGCUCUGAUGAUUUUGAAACUGGAGAGGUAUUUCUUGUACAAUUAAUUCUUUCGCCCGUAUUUUGAAGUCGGGUUUAACUUGGACCAAUGUCUAACUCUUUGCUAAAAUUAUGGGAAGCCAAAAAGUUCCAAAAUUCUGUUAUUGUAUAUUUCUUAUGUUUACUAUUUUGUUUCCUUUUGCUUUCAUAAUGAAGAAAAAUACUUCAGUUAUCAUUCCCAGACAAUUAUAGACAAUUGGUGUGUCAUAUGAGUUAAUAUAUUGAACGUGUACUGUUAGGGAUUUGUGCUCAUAUUGGCUCUCCAUAGUUAAACCACAACUUUAAACCAGGGUUUAAUUUAAACCCGAGUUCAGAAUACGGGCCUGUGUCAAGACUGUAUGUUGUAUACCAUGUAAAAAUUGUAUAUUAUUAUUAGCAGUCUUGUAUACAGUUAUGCAGUAUUUCAUAGUAAAGAUUUCACUUGAAAAGGGAGAGAUUUGAUUUGUUCCCUUUUUAAACAAUGUCCAGCAUUGAACUCAAGUUCAUUAUUUUCCCAUCUUUUCUGUACUAACUUUGAGAUUGAUAUUUUAUCUGUAAUAGAUAGUUCCAAAGAAAAACUCACCCAAAACUUUCAAUUUAUUUAAGUUUAAAGCCUCUCCCAAGCAAAGAUAGUUUCUGGAGGCCAGAAACUAAAUAUUUAUGAAGUAAACUACUGUGUUUCACUAAGUUCUGAUCUUAUUUCCAAUAUUGAGUACUGAUUCAAAUAUUUAUUCAAAAUAGCGAAUAAAUACAUUAUUGUAGAUUUAUUUUCAUGAAGAUUAGAAAUGGGCAUGAAAUAAUUUUUUUCCUUGUAGUUAUGAAUGUUUUAUGUACAAAAUUGUCUUUUACUCCUAGUAAUACAUAAUAAAUGAGACUACUUAUCAAUAAAA